AGAGCCUGAACCUAGAGCACUGUUGGUGGAGGUCCUGCCUCCAGGAAUAGAUGGACAUGGCCUGGCAGAUGAUGCAGCUGCUGCUUCUGGCUUUGGUGAUCGCUGCAGGGAGUGCCCAGCCCGGGAGUGCGCGGGCCAGGACGGACCUGCUCAACGUCUGCAUGAACGCCAAGCACCACAAGACACAGCCCAGCCCCGAGGACCAGCUGUAUGGCCAGGUGGGGGCUCCUCAAGGGCCCUCCCCAGGAAGUGUUCCUCUGGAUGACCUACCUGGGGCAGAGGAGCCAGAAUAAGGAGGAGAUGGCUGUGGUGGGGAGAGACUUAGUCCUGUGUCUUCCCCACCCAGUGCAGUCCCUGGAAGAAGAAUGCCUGCUGCACGGCCAACACCAGCCAGGAGCUGCACAAGGACACCUCCCGCCUGUACAACUUUAACUGGGAUCACUGUGGUAAGAUGGAGCCUGCCUGCAAGCACCACUUUAUCCAGGACAACUGUCUCUAUGAGUGCUCACCCAACCUGGGGCCGUGGAUCCAGCAGGUCAACCAGAGCUGGCGCAAAGAGCGCAUCCUGAAUGUGCCCCUGUGCAAAGAGGACUGUGAGCGCUGGUGGGAGGACUGUCGCACCUCCUACACCUGCAAAAGCAACUGGCAGAAAGGCUGGAAUUGGACCUCGGGGAUUAAUGAGUGUCCGGCCGGGGCCCUCUGCCGCACCUUUGAGUCCUACUUCCCCACUCCAGCUGCCCUUUGUGAAGGCCUCUGGAGCCACUCCUUCAAGGUCAGCAACUAUAGUCGAGGGAGUGGCCGCUGCAUCCAGAUGUGGUUUGACUCAGCCCAGGGCAACCCCAAUGAGGAGGUGGCCAAGUUCUAUGCUGCGGCCAUGAACGCUGGGGCCCCGUCUCGUGGGAUUAUUGGUUCCUGAUCCAAGAAGGGUCCUCUGGGGUUCUUCCGACAACCUAUUCUAAUAGACAAAUCCACAUGUG